AAAGAGAAGGGGGAUUCUUGUUCAUAUGAUUCAAACAGAACUUUGAAUGGAAUAAAAGAAGAUGAAAAUUCUGCCGUUUCAAUUUGAAGAUACUUACGCAAGAGAUGGACCAAGCCAAAACAAAGAGAUUCUACAAGAAACACAAGAGGAGGCUGAAUUCAACCUCCACGAAAUGUUCGAUGUCUAUGACGACACUGGAGACGAAGUGCCGGAUGUAACGGGUUGUGACUUAUUUUGUCCAGAAUCCCUUUCCGACGAAGUUGAACACAAUGUACCGUUCUCUUUGAUAAGUUCACAGGAGUCGGACGACAUUUCAGGGGGCAUGGUUUAUCCACAAAUUGAAAACAGCCCAUCAACGAUCUUUAACGAUUUUGGGGAGGAUCUGAACCGGCGACUACCGAUGGAAGAUUUGAGCCCAUAUGAAAACGAGACGGAGGACACUAUAAUGGAAGAACAAGUUGGUAUUCAGAGUGUAAAUAUUCUCAGAGGGAUCCCUUCAUAUAACGCGGAAGUUUUCACGGGGAGCAUCAUACAGAAUAGGGAUCGACACGUCCCAGAUUUGAAUGGAUCAUUUUACGAUUCUGACGAGGAGAGAAUUCUGAGUUCUUGUUCUACCUCUGAUCAAGUUGUUCCAAACUUUUACAUGGAGGAAUAGUAUUUUCGAAUUGGCGGGACCUGUCAUUGUUAUUUGUUGUUCAGAAUAGGGAUCAACGUGUUCCAGAUAUAAAUGGACCGUUUUAUGAUUCUGCGUGGAGAAAAUUUCGAUUUGGAGGGAGAAUGUUGAGUUCAACUUCAUAUUCUACCUCUGUCCAUGUUCCCAUCUUUACAUGGAGGAAUAGUUGUUUUGAAAUGGCGGGGCCUGUCAUUGUUGUUUCUUCACUGUUAUUGCUUCAUAUGUUACCAUAUCUUUAUUUAUUGUUAAUUAUACAUAAUUUAUUUUCUAUUUAUGAGAAAUGCACAUGAAUGCAAGCGUUGCAAACAAUGUUGAUCAUCCUUGUUGAUAUAAAAUGUAAUGAAUGUAAGAAUUACUAAUGUUCCUCAUCCUUGUUGAUACUGUUAGACAUUCUUGUUAUUAAAUUACUUGUGUAGCUUUGUUAAUGCAGCCAUACAUGUGUGAUACUUAGUCUUAAUCAUGAAAUAAAGUUUAAUGGCACCUUUCAUACAA